UAAACCAGUUGGAAGGAAUUUCUCACGUUUAGCGAGGGGCGAAUGCGCACAUUUUUGCGCAGUUUUGCGCAUCUAGCAUGUGCUCCAGCCAACACUAUAGCCAUAUUGUACUAUACGUAUCUAAGUGAUUAGUUUUUAGUCUCAUCACACCGUACAUAAAUCUGCGUCGAGCCACUUUUUAUUUACCUACAGCUGUUCGCGAAUUUUUUUACAAUGUUUAUAAACAUAAUAACGAUCAUUAGUGUUGUAAUCGGUAAAAUUGUAUUAGCACAGGGAGAACCAGUGCCAACAGUAUCAGCAAAAAAUACAAGUUCUGGCGAAAAUGAUAAUCAAUUUUCCACUUGUCUGGAUAUUCUGAAGAGGAAUCCGAGUGUUCGAAACGGCUGGUUUAGGAUAAAGCCCAAAAGCGAAUACGAAAACUCCGAAUACGCGUUAGGAUUUGAAGUAUGGUGCGACUUCUACAGCAAUGAAACCUGCAUCUAUCCUCAAUUACCAGACGACUCAUCACUAUCAAAACCGAUUGAUGUGUCAACUGUACCAGGGGAAGUAUGGAUAGCUAACCUCGGUAAGGAGAUUUCAUAUCCAUUUGAUAACAGCCAGAUAACAAUACUUCAGAAAACUUCGAGAACGUGUCACCAAAACAUCACUGUAAAUUGUAAGAAUCUGGUGGCAUUUUAUGACGAGACCCUGAACACUUUCGACAAAAGCAUCAAGACUCUCGCAUGGAACGGUAUACAGCUGACCCCACUGGGUCCAUUAGAUUUAAAACUUAGAUCGGAUAAAGACGAUUGUAGGUAUAGGGACAAUCCUAAUGAGUGGAAAGAAACUAUUAUUGAAUACACCACUGACAGAUGUGACAGGCUACCCUUCACAGACGUCGCGAUCCGAGAUGUAUGGAGAGGACAUGGCCGUGGCCAUGGCCAGUGGUUCUAUGUGAAAGUUGGGCCAGUUUGUUUUUCUUGGAGUAGAGACAUAUCUAUGUACGAGUAAAUGUAUAGUUAACUUGUUUUGAUUUUUUUUCAACGUACUUAUAUGUAUAAUAUUUAUAAUUAUUCUCAUUGCAUUUUUGUUUCUGUACUUAAUCUGAAUUUUGUAUUAUUUUGUGUUCACUGGUGCUUAAUCUUUGAUUUGAUCUUUUAUACUUUAUUAUAAUUUUUUAUCUA